AUGGCAAUGGAUGCAAACGUUCUUCCUUUUAAGGUUGCGAUUGCAAUAAUAAGAAGAAGUAUCAAGCUCAACCACCCUCCUGAUGAUAAUGCAUAUGGUAUGGACAAUAUUCCGAAUCCUAAGAAACCAAUCAAAGGCAAAGACUCAAUUGAGAAAAAGUCCAGAACGCUUGUGCAACCCAUUCAUGGCAUGGUUCGGCUACGGUUCUUAACCACCAAGCAAAUAUACCCGCCAAAAACCUCCAACUGUAAUUGGAAUGUGGAUUCCGAUUUCAAAAAGCAACAAUGCCUCUCUCUCCUCAAGUCCUGCUCUUCUUUGGAUCAGCUCUUUCAAAUCCAUGCACAAAUCCUAAUCGCUGGUCUCCAGAAAGAUGAACAAAUUGUAGAUAAAAUUAUCCAAUUUUGCGCACUACAUCCCUCGGGAAGCUUGAAUCACGCAAGACGAGCUAUAAAACAAUCCGAAAACCAAAUACCCUCUUCGUGGAACAAUCUCAUCAGGGGCUAUGCUACUAAGGGCGAUUCACCAAGAGAAGCCAUAUGGGUUUUCCUUGCAAUGCGACGUUCAAGAACCAGACCCAAUGAGCUCACCUACCCAUUUCUUUUCAAGGCUUCUGCUACAUUUUCGGGGCUCAAAGAAGGGCGACAAAUCCAUACGGAUGUUUUGAAGCACGGAGUGGAUGAUGAUGUAUAUGUGCAGAAUACUGUGAUUCAUUUUUAUGGGUCUUGUAAGAAGAUUGUAGAUGCCUGCCGGAUGUUCGAUGAAAUGUUGUUUAGAACUCUCGUUUCUUGGAAUUCAAUCAUUUCUAGCUGUGUUGAUAACUUGUGGUUCUAUGAAUCGAUUAAGUAUUUUGUCAGGAUGAGAAACUGUGGGUUAAAGCCGGAUGAGACCACGAUGGUAAUUCUGCUUUCUGCUUGUGCUGAGCUUGGAAACCUGAACUUGGGAAAAUGGGCUCAUGCCCAAGUUAUUGAGAAAGGGUUGGUUGUAAAUUGUCAAUUGGGUACAUCCCUGGUUGACAUGUAUGCCAAGUGUGGAGCUGUGGAUUAUGCUAGCCUAGUUUUUGAUGCCACACUUGAACGCAAUGUAUGGACAUGGAGUGCGAUGAUUCUUGGGUUAGCCCAGCAUGGGUUUGCUACCAAAGCCCUUGAACUUUUCAGAAAAAUGAAGAAGAAUGUAGUUCAACCUAAUUAUGUGACAUUCCUUGGGGUCCUCUGCGCUUGUAGCCAUGCUGGACUGGUGGAGGAUGGACAUAGAUUCUUUCAUGAAAUGGAGAAUGUGCAUGGGAUCAAACCUAUGAUGAUACAUUAUGGUGCAAUGGUAGAUGUUUUGGGCCGUGCUGGUCAUCUAAAAGAAGCAUAUAACUUCAUCAUUGAUAUGCCGAUUAAACCUGACGCAAUUGUGUGGAGGACGCUGCUGGGCGCAUGCAACAUUCAUGAUCUCAAUGACUACAACAGGCUGGGUGAGAAGGUAAGAGAGAAGUUACUUGAAUUGGAGCCAAGGAGGAGUGGAAAUUUCAUAAUGGUCGCUAACAAGUAUGCUGAAGCUGGGAAGUGGGACAAAGCAGCACAUGUGAGAAGCAGUAUAAGCAACAGAGGCUUGAAGAAGAUGGCUGGGGAGAGCCUUAUUGAGGUAAGGGGAUCCAUCCAUAGGUUCUUUUCUGGAGAAGAUGAUCAAGUUGAUUGUGACAGUAUCUCCCUGUUACUAGAUAUAUUGAAUUUGCAUAUGAAGAUGGUUAACUAUGAGUAA